AUGAGCCAGGAAUACAAAAAUGGAAAGGGCAAGGCCGGCCCACAAGAGGAAUCGAGUUCGAGCAACGACAGACGAAAGUCAUCGAAUCGGCCUCAAUAUAUGACGGUCGGAUCAGGAUCCACAUCAGAAAGCGCUGCACGUCUGCAGGCGCUCCUAGACAACGACUCAGGGUACGGAGGAAGCAUAGCUGGGGAUACCUUCAAUGGAGCGCCGACUUGGAAUCCAACUCUGACUGAGGAUAGGCCUACGCCCAUGCAUUCCCCUGUGCCGAGGGGCAUGGGAGAAUCGGCAGAUGCAGACAGAAGGGUGCAAGCGAACGCCAUACAUCAAUUAUGGUAUAACCAACACCGAGUCACUCUGGCCAGGUCAAUAAAUCGGGUGGUAGAGUCAUUGAAGUCUCUGCAGGAGAUGAAUGCGUCCUGGCCAGCAACCUAUCCUUCCGUUCAACGUGCCCAAGCAGCACAACCUCGAGCACAAGAUCCACGACCAGGUCUCGUCCAUACACAAACUACAGGUCCUGGUUCUCAAGAAAUAGCACCGCCUCGGCCAGGGCUGGCAAGGCGUUCGCAAACAUUCGGUGCGGAGCCGGCAGACGCAGAAUCAAGCAAAGAAGCAGAACAACGACCAGUGCCCGAACCAAGAUUGAUCACACCACAAAUCGCUCAAGAGUUCUCUAUAUUAAAACUGGACUUGAAGUUGGGGGCUCUACAUCAGACUGAGUUAGUACAUUCGUUGGAGAAGAAUUCGAUAGCUUCAUUAUUGGAUGGAAAGAUCAGUUCAAGUAUCAAGCACUUGCUGAAUCUACGAGAGCGGAUAGAGGACACAUCGAGUAAAGUUCUGGUUACUGGGGAUCUCAACGCUGGGAAGUCAACAUUUUGCAACGCUCUCCUGAGGAGAAAGAUCCUACCCGAAGAUCAGCAACCAUGUACGAGUAUUUUUUGCGAAGUCUUGGAUGCUAGGGAGAAUGGUGGGGUGGAGGAAGUUCAUGCGAUCCACAAAGACAUGACCUACAAUCGACACGAUGAGAGCACAUACGAUGUCUUCACCCUGUUGGACUUGGAGAAGAUUGUCACUGACCACGAGACGUACACGCAGUGUAAAGUCUAUGUCAGGGAUGUUCGCUCAAUCGACGAAUCCCUGCUGAACAACGGUGUUGUGGAUAUCUCCAUUAUCGAUGCGCCAGGAUUGAACCUGGAUACGACCAAAACGACGGCAUUGUUCGCUCGACAGGAAGAAAUUGAUGUUGUUGUAUUCGUUGUUUCAGCUGCAAAUCAUUUCACAAUGACAGCCAAGGAGUUUAUUUGGGCGGCAGCAGCAGAGAAAGCCUACAUUUUCAUUGUUGUCAAUGGAUAUGACAACAUCAAGGAUAAAAACAGGUGCCAAAAGAUGAUUUUGGAGCAGGUCCACGGUCUCAGCCCACGGACAUUUAAAGAGUCUGCUGAACUAGUACAUUUUGUAUCGAGUAACGCUAUUCCAACAGCACCAACGCCACCUGGAGGAAAUGGAGGAGGUGGAAGUGGAAGCUCGAGUGGAGGUGGAGAUGGACCAGAUUUCGACGAUUCGGAUCCGAAAGGCAAAGGAAAGGACAAGGAGAAGAUUCAAGAUUUCGAGGCUCUCGAACAGUCACUGAGACGAUUUGUUCUCGAGAAGCGAGCACGUUCGAAAUUAGCUCCAGCCAAAACUUACUUGCUGAAUGUUCUUGGAGACGUUCAGACGCUUGCCACUGUCAACCAGGAGGUGGCACAAUCAGAGCUCGAUCGAGUGACCAAGGAAUUGAACGACUUGGAACCACUAUUGGAAGCGUCGAAGAAGGCUAAGGCCGAGGUUAGUGACGAUAUUGACAGAACCAUCGAGGCGACUUGUAAAGACAUCUAUGACCACACCAGAUCGACUCUCACAGCCUCGAUAUCGCAAGCAGCUGACGAGGACCUUGGAGUUCCAUACCCUGGUCUUCUCAGUGUCUUCCAGUAUGCCGAUGAUAUCAAAGAAGCCAUGCUCUCCCAGAUCUCCGCCUCUGUCACAAUCUGCGAAGAGCACGCCCGCCAGAAGACCGUGGAAGGUGUGAGUUCCAUCAAACAACUCGGACUCCUACAUCUCGGAGAUGAGUACACAGACCUUAGCUUUCGCAGCGAUGUCAUGUUCCGCCGUAAACGUGACGUUCUAGCCCGCCAAGUUGAGAUUGAGACGGAACUUUGGGACUUCUUCGAUUGGCACACUAUUCUGCAGCGGCAGGAGAAGGUGGCGGGCACAGGGAUGGCUCUUACUGUCGCCACGGCAGUAGGAAGUCGGAUGGUUGGGGGUUUCGGCUGGGUAGAUGGUGCCAUGGGAGCAGUCAAAGUUGUCGGAAAUAAUAACCUGCGUAAACUGAUCAUACCCGGAGUUGUCGCCACAGCCAUUGCAGCAACCUACUACGUCCUUCUUCAGAUCCCUCACUCGCUACCCCAUCGCCUCAGUACCAAGAUCAGCACUCAGCUCGCAGAGAUCGACUACGUACACGCGAACUCGACACGCAUCACCUCCUCCGUCCGCAAAGUCCUUCGUUUCCCAGCCGACAAUCUAAGAGUUGGUCUACAGCGAUCGGUUGAGCAGUUAGGUAGUAAGCGAGAAGAGACUCAGAAAAUCAGGGGCGAGAGUGAGGUCGCGAGGAAGUAUUUCGGAAACCUGGUCAAUGAAACGGGACGCAUCAGGAAUACGGUCGAGGCUGUGGAUUUGGAGGGACCUGCUCCUGGUGUCGCAGCAGGUUUUGAUCCUUGA